AGGCGGCGCGCGCGCCCCCGCGCCGCCAUUUUGCGCCAGGACCAGCAGCAUCAUGGAGCUCCCGACCCUCGCCCCGCCGCCCGCAGGCCCCUGCGCCCCCCGCUCCGCCGUGCUCACACGGACCGACGCGCCGCAGGCACGACCGCACCGCUGGGAACGCUGAAGAGCCUCCUCGGAGCUCCGCCGCCGCUCAUGGAGCCGAGCGGCCCGGAACGCGCCGGCCUGGGGCGGGCCUGGUUUGGCUUCGGCGCGGCCUGGCCGAAGCUGUCCGGGCCCAGCGCGGCCCCCGCCGGCGCCUCGCCUCAGGCCAGCCCGCCCUUCUCCUGGCUGCGGCUGAUGUCGCAGUUCCUGUCCCCGCUGCCCGCUCUGCUGCAGCGGCUGCUGCCCGGCCCCGCGCUCAGCAGCGCCCUGUGCCCCGCCAGCGCCCAGCCGCCCGCCAAGGGCCUGCCGCUGCUGCUCUCGGAGCCGGCCGCCUCGCUGCACUGGGCCGAAGGGACGCUGCCGUGGCCGGGAGAAGCCGUGAAGAAGACGGGAGAGGGUAGCGCGGAGUCCCCGCCGGGCGUGUGGGGAACCGAGCUGGCGCGGAACAGCCUGGUGACCUUCCCCGUACCGCGUGUGGCCUUGUACGUGCUGGGCCGGGAGCAGGGCCAGGCUUGGUGCUCCGGAAAGAGCCACCUGCCCCAGCCCCUGCGAGCCGAGGCCCGCGGCGAGGCCUGGCGAAGCUGCCGUGCCGGCGGCGCCUUGCCGGAGCUGGAGUUUCUUCGCAGCAAGCGCUUGGCUUCUCUCCAUUUGGCCGUGCCGGACCCGGACCACGGCUAUCACAGCCUGGAGGAAGAGCAGCAGCACAAGGGUGCGUGUCAAGAAGAGGUUGGGCAGCAGUUGAAGCGGCCUGAGGAGCCAAACGAGCCAGGGACACAAGCUGGAGGCAGUCCCUUGGAGCCCGAGGGGAUGAGGGGUUCAGCUGAGAAGGGAGCACUCGAGGGAGGGGCUUUGACUGAAGAGGACGAGGACUCCAAAAUAGAGCAAAAUCUUCCAGUUUCAGCCAGACCUGCCUGUGCAAAUAAAUUAAUAGACUAUAUCAUAGGGGGAGUUUCCAGUGGGGAGGAGAGUGUGGAUGAUGACGAGGACUGGGAUGAUGAUGAUGGGUUUGAUAGCGAAGGGCUCCCUUCAGACUCAGACACCUGUAGCCAGGACAGGGAAAGGCUCCACCUUUGGAAUUCCUUUUACAAUUUGGAUCCCUACAACCCUCAGAACUUCACAGCCACCAUUCAGACAUCCUCCAGCGAUAGGGGAAAGGAUAUGUCAGAUGUAGAAGAGGAGGAGGAGGAAGAUUCUUCAUGGGUGGAGUCCUCCUCAGGCUCUCCUCACCCUAGUUCUGAAGAGGAGGAUGAGUGGGACUGUAGCAGCGUGGAUGAGGCAGAAAACUUGAAGCUUUGGAACUCGUUCUGUACCUCAGAUGAUCCGUAUAACCCUUUAAAUUUCAAGGCAGCCUUUCAAACAGCAGAGAAAAAAAGGACAUCUGGUUUAAAAGGAGCAGAGAGGCCGAGUUUGGGCACUUGUGAGCACCAUCCCUUAACUGCAUGUCGGGUGCAGCUGGAAAAACAGAACUGUGGGGGCUCUGACUUUGUGCAGGAGUGCUUGCUUGCUGGUGAGAGAUGUAGCAGUACCAAGAGGAAAAAGGUAACCUUCCUCGAAAAGAUCACCGAGUAUUUCGUAAGCAGCGAGGAGGAUCGGAAGGGACCCUGGGAGGAGCUUGCACGGGACAGCUGCAGGUUCCAGAAGCGGAUCCAAGAAACAGAAGAAGCCAUAGGGUACUGCUUCACCUCAGAGCAUCGACAGAGAGUGUUCCAGAGACUCCAGGAAAGCUACAACAAGGGGGCUGAUCUCUUCUAGCACUUUACAAGAUUCGGGAGUUUCACGACCUUUAAGCACUCACAAACAUGUUCAAAGCAAGAAAAGGCAGCUGCAUGUGCUCCUGGGAAAUUGGGGUGUGGGAGGGGAGAAGUGGGGUUAUAACACAUUCAGACAAUGAAUCUACCCAUGGCCCCCACUUUGAUAUCCAGACAAAAAUCUUCUGGCACCAAGGGUGAGGGGGAGGGGGGUGUAGUUACAUUCCUGUAACACUGGGGAAACAAGACUGCUUUAGGUGAAAUCCAUUCCAGAAAUGCCUUGUCAGCCCUGUGUGAAGUGGUGACUAUUCAGUUGGAUUUUUUGCACUUUGAAACAAAAAAAGCAAAACCUAUUUUGAAGGAAAUAUUUAUGGGUCUCAGAACCUUGCUGCUGCAGUUUUGAUUUAAAGUCUCCCGAGGUAUGUGCAACUUCCUUGGGGUUCUUCAUCUUCCUCUACCUUGUACAGAAGUCUCAAGCUUUGUUUACUUCAACUGUGCAAAGCAGAUGGUUUGUUCCUUCCUUCUGAGGCCCCAGCUGUGCUUGGAAACUAGUGUGGGAGUGUUUGUGGAAUGCUUUGGGGUGUCAGUAUUUCAGCUGAGCACGUUUGGGGGAUCCUGGGGAGCUCUGGUGCACCACAAACCCUUUGGUUUGCCUUUAUUUAAAGCAAUCCCUUUACCCUUUACUGCCCAAAGGGUGUUGGCUGCCUGUGCACCAAACCUCUCUGCUUUCAGGGCAAGGAAAGGCCUCAUCCUGCUCAAUAAUUACAGCUCCAUGGUACGUGGCCAGGCUGUGGCCAGUGGUUGGAGUUGAAGCAGCCACACACAGGGAACUACCCCUAAUUCUGUAGUUAAUAGAUUAGCUUUGCCAUAACUGAUUCUGCUUUGGAUUGAAGUGGGGAAUUCUUCCUGUAUCUUGUAUCCAAUGUGCUUGUUGUGAGGAGGAUUGCUUUGACUUACAGGGGUCUAAGGCUACAGAUGGCCGUGUUCCUUCCCAAAAGCCAGUGUUAACACCCCUCUGCCUCUGCACUUUUGUUCAUCUGGUACCAAAAUAACAUUUCACAUAGAAAGCUGAGGUCCUCAGUGGAAGGAAAACACUCCUUAUUUAUGUUCCUAACUUUACAAUGUCCAGUUGUUGUUUCAGUCCCAACAAAAAGCAACUUUUGGAUGUGUGCUUGGACCCCAAGGAUGUUGUGUGGCAGGGACCCAAGCAGGUAUGAGGUCAUGCCAUGGAAUAAACACCAGACAGUCCCUGUCUGUCUGCACAAAUUGUGUGGGAAUAAAUGAUUUGCUACUUGGUUGGUUGAGAAUUGUUUCCCUUUGAAGGAGAAACCUUAAAAGAGCAGUGCAGCAACGUUAGUCCUCACCCCCUUCAUCAUACAGAAUCCAAACUGGGUUCUCCUUUGCUACAAAAGCUGCUGUGAGGUGGCAGUUUGAGUCACUCCCCAUGCCCUGUGAGAUCAUUUGGAGUUCAUUUUCCUGCAUCAAGACUGAGAGGUGAUGUGCUUUUUUUGGCUUGCUUCAGGGAAAAAAAGCAUGCAAGGUGAUAAAUGCAGAGUCACACCAGAAAAUGUGCUGUCUCAUGGUCCAGAUGAGGCUGAUGAGUGGAAAUGCUGUUCAGUGCUCUGUAUUUUACCCCCUGUAGUGAUAUAUUUCCAUCACACUCCUCCUUCCUUUGACCUUGGAGAACUUGCUGGUGCUUCAGUUACUCUGAAUGUCUCACUUGGUCUGCUGGUGCUUGUCAGAAGCUUCAGAGUGCUGUGAGUUACCACCCCCAAGUACUGAACUGAACUUUGCAGGGGCUGAAAACCAACCAGAGUGACGAGAAACUGCCACUUCCAAAUGGCUGCUGACAUUUGAGAGUCUUUCUUACUUCCCACCCUGCAGUUUAUCAAGCACUUCUCACUGAAACAUACCUGCUUGGGUGAGCCCUUCCACCUUCUUAAACCUCCUCUUAGAGUGGGAGGAAAUGAGCACUAAAUUCAUUAAACAUCAUCAAAGCAAAGCUCAGCUUUGGCUGUCCCCAUGGUCCCUCUGACCUAGCUGUGGGGGGUGUGCAAGUGCUGGCAGUGAGGCAGCAAAAGCACCACGUGGUGAACUUUAAAUCAAAACUGUAAUGAUCAGAUUUUAUUUUUGUAUAAUUUAGAGCAGGUUGGAAAACUCAGCAUUGGCUUUCUACAGAUUUUACUUGAUUUGUGUCGACUUGGUUGGGUUUUAUAUCUAAAGUUAUAUUUCUGUACAUAAUAAAAGUAUUCAGGACUAAUCUGUACAUUGUAAUAAAGAGAUUUGCAAGAUAA